GCUGCUGUCCUAGGGAAGAAAGUAAUGGUGUUGGAUUACGUUGUUCCAACACCUCUGGGUACUUCAUGGGGACUUGGUGGCACUUGUGUAAAUGUAGGUUGCAUUCCUAAGAAACUAAUGCACCAAGCAGCGCUUCUGGGGCAGGCACUCCAAGAUUCAAGGAAAUACGGCUGGCAGUAUGAGGAACAAGUUAAACACAACUGGGAGAUCAUGGUAGAAGCAAUUCAAAACUACAUAGGUUCUCUAAACUGGGGCUAUCGAGUAUCCCUAAGAGAGAAAUCUGUUACAUACAUGAAUUCCUAUGGAGAAUUUGUUGAACCACACAAAAUAAAGGCAACUAAUCGGAAAGGACAAGUAACCUAUCACACAGCAGAGACUUUUGUACUGGCCACAGGAGAAAGGCCUCGAUAUAUGGGUAUUCCUGGAGAUAAGGAAUACUGCAUUACCAGUGAUGACCUCUUCUCCCUGCCUUACUGCCCUGGCAAAACUCUAGUUGUGGGUGCUUCCUACGUGGCCCUAGAGUGUGCAGGAUUUCUUGCUGGGCUCGGGCUGGAUGUCACGGUGAUGGUGCGGUCCAUCCUCCUUCGGGGAUUUGACCAGGAAAUGGCAGAAAGAGUGGGUGCCCACAUGGAGACACACGGUGUAAAGUUCAUCAGAAAGUUUGUACCUUCUAAGGUUGAAAAGCUGGAGGAAGGCAUGCCUGGAAGAUUGAAGGUGACAGCGAAGUCAACUGAGGGCUCAGACAUUUUGGAAGGAGAAUAUAACACUGUUUUAAUAGCCAUUGGUCGUGAUGCAUGUACCAGAAAUAUUGGUUUAGAGACAAUUGGCGUCAAAAUCAAUGAGAAGAAUGGGAAAGUACCUGUAAAUGAUGAAGAACAAACCAAUGUGCCUUAUGUUUACGCUAUUGGUGAUAUCUUGGAAGGAAAACUUGAACUUACUCCAGUUGCCAUUCAAGCAGGAAAACUGCUAGCCCGAAGACUUUAUGGUGGUGGCUCUACAAAGUGUGACUAUAUCAAUGUACCAACGACAGUGUUUACUCCUUUAGAGUACGGCUGCUGUGGAUUAGCUGAAGAGAGAGCCAUAGAACAAUACGGAAAGCAAAACUUGGAGGUUUAUCACAGUUUGUUUUGGCCGCUUGAAUGGACAGUGCCGGGAAGAGACAACAAUACUUGUUAUGCAAAGAUAAUCUGCAACAAGAAUGACAGUAACCGUGUCAUAGGUUUCCAUGUUCUUGGACCUAAUGCUGGUGAAGUUACCCAAGGUUUUGCUGCUGCAAUAAAAUGUGGUAUCACAAAAGAAUUACUCGAUGAAACAAUUGGCAUCCAUCCAACGUGUGCAGAGGUAUUCACUACACUGGAUAUUACAAAAUCUUCAGGACAAGAUAUCAGUCAACGGGGCUGCUGAGGUUAAACCUGCUGUUUUAUCUGUUUUCAUAUUGUACACACUUGGCUCUGUGGAAGCCCCAGUACAUCCAACCACUUUUGGGCAAAAUAAACAUUUGCAUCAGGACCACUGUCUGUACUGCAGCUAGGAGAGGUGCCUUUUUAAGGCUUCCUGAGUAAAUAGUGUUGCAAAUGGAAACAGUAUAGCAGCAGGGAAAACUCGGACUGUAAAUCCCAGCUUUGCUUGGAAUCGCACUAAGGUGCUUUUGUGACGUUCCGGCUCGGAACCUUAUUCUGAGGUGAGCUGCAACUGAUGACUGCCAUGCAAGGGUGGGAGAUCUCGUCGUCCAGUCAGAUGACUGAACUUCUGAAGGAAAUGAAGUUGCACAAAUUAAAGCUAACUUUUAGUCUCCAGUGUCUUGUCUAAAUGCCCUGGACAGAGGGCAAAUGUAUAGCCGAAUGAUUCUUGCCUACAGUUUACACUUACUGAUUUGUUUUGAUGCGUUUUGUUUUACUUGAUUGUAUAUCCAGGUGAGGCAAGGUGGCACAAAUUG